AUGAGGAUCAUUAACGCCAGACACCGGGACGGCGCCGGGGCGGAGGGGACGAUGGAGAAUUUCACGGCGCUGUUCGGAGCCCAGGCUGACCCGCCACCUCCGCCAGCGGCACUUGGCUUCGGACCCGGGAAGCCGCCCCCUCCGCCGCCGCCGCCGCCGGGCGGGGGGCCGGGUCCGGCCCCGCCCUCGACCGCAACCUCGGCCCCUCCCGGGAGCGACAAGUCGGCGGCAGGCUGCGGCCCCUUCUACCUAAUGAGGGAGCUUCCAGGUGACACCGAGCUGACAGGCAGCACCAACCUGAUCACACACUACAACCUGGAGCAUGCCUAUAAUAAAUUCUGUGGGAAGAAGGUGAAGGAGAAGCUAAGUAACUUCCUGCCUGACCUGCCGGGCAUGAUUGAUCUGCCUGGUUCCCAUGACAACAGCAGCCUGCGCUCCCUCAUCGAGAAGCCCCCCAUCCUUGGGGGCUCUUUCAAUCCCAUCACAGGGACCAUGCUGGCUGGCUUCCGCCUGCACACCGGCCCGUUGCCAGAGCAGUGCCGCCUGAUGCAUAUUCAGCCACCCAAGAAGAAGAAUAAGCAGAAGCACAAACAGAGCCGCACCCAGGACCCCGUCCCCCCAGAGACGCCGUCUGAUUCAGAUCACAAGAAGAAGAAAAAGAAAAAGGAAGAGGACCCUGAGCGGAAGAGGAAGAAGAAGGAGAAGAAGAAGAAGAAGAACCGACACAGCCCGGAGCACCCUGGGAUGGGCAGCUCUCAGGCCAGCAGCAGCAGCAGCCUCCGCUAA